GCACUCGUUAUCAAGGGCGUUCCAUCUUCAUGCGCCUCAUUCGCAGCGUGCUUUGUAGUAGCAGCGCCGGUUUUGGUCAGGGCUUUUGUAGCCCAAGCCUCAGGCGUCAUUUGUCCGCUAGGUUCCCGCGUGGCCACGGGAACGCCCUCGCCAACUUCAGUAGCUGCGCACGGAGCCGGGUCCACGCAUAUUCAUCAGCGAGUUCCGCGACUUCAGUGGGCGUGCCUGUGGCAAAAAUGCGGUUCAUCGACAUCGGCGCAAACCUGCUCGAUGAAAUGUACACCGGGCAGUACAAUGACAAGCCGUACCAUCCUCCGGACCUUUCUGCCGUCCUAGAGCGCGCGUGGGCGGCGGGCCUGGAAAAGCUGAUGAUUACGGCUGGAAGCCUGAAGGAGGCACGUGCUGCUCUGGAGCUUGCGAAGACGGAUGAACGCUUGUACUGCACCGUGGGGUGUCACCCCACUCGGUGCAAGGAGUUCGAGGACCACCCGGGGGGACCGGAAGCCUACCUGCAGGAGCUUUUGGAGGUGUUGAAGGAGGGCCAGGCGCUGGGCAAGGUGGUGGCUGUGGGCGAGUGCGGGCUAGACUACGAGCGGUUGCAUUUCUGUGACGCCGACACGCAAAAGAAGUACUUUGAGGCCCAGUUCCGACUGGCCAAGGAGUCGGGCCUACCCAUGUUUCUGCACCUGCGCGCCGCUGCUGAUGACUUCCUGGACAUCACGGGUCGCCACCUGGGUGACUUCCCGCGCGGUGGUGUCGUGCACUCCUUUGAUGGCACCGCGGAGGAGGCCGCGCGUGUGCUGGCGGUGCCGCAACUAGCAAUCGGCAUCAACGGCUGCUCGCUCAAGACGGACGACAAUCUGGCGGUGGUGGGCGGCCUGCCGCUGGAGCGAAUCAUGCUGGAGACCGACUGCCCCUGGUGUGAGAUCCGGCCCACACAUGCGGGCCGCAAGCACGUGUCUGCGGAGGCGCUGGCAGGCGUCACGGGCGCCAAGGAUCGAAAGAAGUUCAUGCCGGGCUGCCAAGUCAAGAGCCGCAACGAGCCGGCCAACAUCAGGCAAGUGCUGGAGGUCGUGGCCGGCGUCAAGGGGAGAACGGACCUGGAGGCCGUGGCGGACGUAAUCUUCGGCAACACCGAGCGAAUGUUCUUUCCUACGGCGUGAGCGGGGAAGUUCCCAUGAUGAUUGUGAUGCUGCGCCUGGUCCAUCAGCAGCAAGCGUGGCAAUGUGAUUAAGGGCAAGAAGGGUGCUGGUCUUUGGUGGCCAUGCUUCCUUCCUGCUGUCACGAGCCACCGGUGACCGUAUCCACUGAGGGACGGGACCGUGGGACGGGGCUGUAGUGUCGGUUUUUGCGGGGGAAAGGCGGCCUGCCGAAGUAGCGUAGGGACUGUGCUUAAGCGCAGGGCCGAGGGCCUCAAUGCUUUCCAAUGGACAUGCGAUGGAACAACUCCAGUGGGGACCCGGUACAGGCCAGGGAGGGGCGCCGGCCUCUGUUCCGCUCCCGCGCUUGAUGGUCGCGGUGUUGCUCCGUCAGCGGCAGCCGCGGACCUCGCCGUUGUUGGUGAGAGCUGUGCUCGUGGAAGCUUUUGUCAGCUUGCGCUGAGGUGCAAUGUGAAGCGUACAGAACCAACACGGUCGCGCGAACACCGAUGUCCUUCAUUGGCCGGUUGUAAUUGAUUGUCAGG